GCUACCCUGCAGAGGAGCUCAAGUGUACGUCACAGAAAGAAAAGGACAGAACAGAAGACUACACUUGCCUUCCCCUGUUUGGCCCUGUAUAAGCUGUAAUUAUGGCCAAAAACCUGCUGAAGAAUCCCAAUGGGGAAGAGCAGCUGGAAUUCUGGGAGCUGACGGAGAACGGUGGGAGUCAGUGGAAGGUGGAGGACAUGCCGGGAGACUGUGGCUAUGACUUCUGCAUUGAUGGAGUGACCAAAUACUUUGCGACUUCUUUUGAGCUGUGUCUGAAGAGACAGGUGAUUGACUUGUUAGCAGAGGAUUUUACCAGCGAACAGUUGGACACUCAGCCUACCAUCACAGUGGAAGACUGGUACUGCGGGAGGACAGAUUGUGGCUGCACCUAUCAAAUGACCGUGUGUCUGCUGGAUGAGUACAAAGACGUCAUACUGGAAUUCAAACCAGAGCCGGUGACCCUCGACCCCGACAGUGGUGACUGCUCAUGGAAGCAGUUCAGCCAUACAUUUUCUGACUACGGCCCUGGAAUGCGUUUCAUCACCUUUGAACAUGGAGGACAUGACACCAAGUUCUGGGACGGCUGGUUUGGAGUCCGAGUCACUGGGAGCUCUGUAACUAUUGAGGUCUGAACAAAAGGAAAACGAGAGAAAUUAGAUGGGAACCUAGUAGUUAGGAAAACUGUAAGGUAAGGCGUGAAGGUGGGGGCAGAGAACUUAGAUGAGUAGAUGGACUCCAGGGUGGAGUAUAGGUUUCCAGGUUUCAAGAGGACCAGCUUUGCCUUGUGCACUUAGCUUACACCUCUGUAUAUCAUGCAUAAUGCUGUUCAUGCUGUGGAAACACGCUGCUGCUGUUAAGGCUGUAAAAAAAAAAAAAAAAGAUGGCACACCUUAUUCACUUUAAAAUAUUAAAAUGUGAUGUAUUAACCACUACUUCUGCACUGACUUACCCUAAAAUAACUGAAGUCUUUGGUGGCUGUGGGUGUUGUAAGCUAUCAAGUCACUUUGAAAUUGGAAUUAAAAUGAGAAAAUUGUCAACUACA